AUGACCACGAGCCCAUGGAGCGAUGUCUUCUCCGAGUAUUCUGCAACCAUGCAACGUAUCCAACGACAUACCAGAGUUGUCAAGGAAUCGGCUCAAGCGGUGACGUCCCGCAUGCUAUAUGAACAGCACGCCAAGAUGGUGCAGGACUUGGGCGCCCGCUUGGAAUCCAUCAACACUGUGUCUAACCUGACAACAGAUGGAGACGUGAAGCUUCCUUGCGACACUUUCCCGUUCCCACGCAACAAACACUUCUCCGGGAGGAAAGACAUUCUGGCCGAGCUGCAUAGCGAGCUUGAUUUCAAGCCUGGACAGCAGCAAAUGAAUUCAUGGGCCAUCUGGGGUAUCGGUGGCAUCGGGAAGACGCAAAUUGCCCUAGCUUAUGCUUACGAGCAAUUGGACCAAGGGCUGCAGGCAAUUUUCUGGGUUAGAAGCCAAACGCCUCUCGACAUCGCUCAGGGGUUUACAGAAAUCGCCAUGAGUCUCCAAAUGAAAGGAGCGAUAGCUGAUGGCGAUCACGAACAGAAUCGAUACCUGGUCAUGAAAUGGCUGCAUAGCACUCGCACACCAUGGUUACUCGUGUUCGACAACGUCGAGAGUCCUACGCAUAUCGAAAAGUAUUGGCCUGCCGGCAAAGUUGGUUCCAUCCUCAUCACCAGUCGAUACCAAGUCUUCGAGCUCAACCCUGCCUCAGGCGGAUGCCAGGUGCCUGUCAUGACAGAAGAGGAAGGUUCGAGCAUGUUGCAGUCACUCCUGGGCCGGAAGGCCUAUUCGACGACCGAGACCCAAUCCGCAAGAGAACUAUCCCGAGAGGUUGACGGUCUCCCGCUGGCACUGAACCUAUUGGGCGGACAGAUUCGGGCUCGAGGCACCAAAGUGGAAAACUUCCUGCGUGGCUAUCAAAACAAUCCGAUCAUCCACCUCCGACCCAAGAAGACAGUUCAAAACCUGUACUACGACCAAAGCAUUGACUCGGUGUGGGAAACUUCUUUCGAGCCAUUGGACGCCGAUCCCUCCAGGCUGCUGGGAAUUCUGAGCUUCCUUUCCGCUGAGGGGAUUCCUCGAGCCCUAUUUCAGCUUCCUGCAGCCAGCGAUCUCACAGACGACCUUUUGUUCUGCAUUGAUCCCCUCCAACUGGAGGAAACCUUGGAAAGCGUUGUGGAAACAGCUCUAGUGACGAACGACGAAGAUACGGAUAUGUUGCGCGUUCAUCGUCUUGUCCAGGAACAGUUUCGAGACUGGCUCGGUGCGGAUCAACGCUACACGAAUUUUCUGCACGCUUGUCGCCUUCUCUAUGAAGCGUUCCCAAAACAGGCGCAUGGGUUGCCGUUGCGCAACGAGUGGCCAGUCUGCAAACAAUAUGUCGAGCACGUCAUGUCUGUCUGUACGAAUUAUUGCCGAUACAAAUUCAAGGUGGUAAGGACCGGGGACUUCGAAUUCUUGACCAAGCUGCUGGCCAGUUGUGCCUGGUACUUGAUGGAAAGUGGCUCGUACUCUGAGCUCGAAGAUGUCAUGGAAGUCGUCGACAUGGUGUGUGAGGACAAAAACGGCCUCUUGUAUGUGCAGAUCUGCAAUACAGCCGGCGUGGCCGAGCUGGAGCGAGGCAGGGUGGCGAGAGCGCUGCCGUUGCUUCAGCAAGUCCGCGACAGAAGAGAACAACUCCUCAGUCCGACAGACAAAGACAUUGCCGACAUCUAUACCACGUACGGCAACCUUUUGAUGUCCACCUAUGCCUCGAAGGAGAUCCUCAAUGAGGUCGAGCAACUCUUCGACAAGGCCAUCGAGAUUGACAAAACCCAUGGCGUUGACCAUUGUAAUUCCAUCAUGCACAUUCGUCUGGGCAACAACGGCAUCCUGUACAACUUGCAAGGGAGGCACGAGAAGGCCAUUGAGUACAUCAACGUUGCGAGGGACUAUGCCGUCAGGCUAUUUGGACGAGACACCCAUUUCGACGCCACGUAA